AAAUCCGGCUCCGUCAUCAUUCACUACUCAUACUCUACAGUUAACACGACAACAUUAAAUAUUAUAAUAUUCUCAAUAUAAUUCUAUGAUUUUCUAUGUGGACACCACAUUGGCGAUUACCAUUACCGAGGCGGCGACUUGUUGAAACACUGACUGAGCAGUGAGCUCACACCGUAUACUAAAGUGAAGCUUGUAUGCUGGCCGCUAAAAGAUUUCCGCCGAAAAUAAAUUUGUAAAUUUUCGAUCAUCUCAGUAUUGCGAUUAAAUACCAGACACAAAAUGAUUACAGACGUCCAAUUAGCUGUAUUUGCCAAUGUAUUGGGUGUUGGCUUAUUUCUUCUAGUUGUUCUCUACCAUUACGUCACAGCAAAUUUCCCAUCAAAAUAAUUUUUUCAUCGUUGCAAGUUUAUACACAAUUGUGUUCCAGUAUCUAGUUUAAUAUGAUUCUGUUUAUUUUAAUAUUAUGAACCCAUAUAAUACAUAUAUUUUAUUAUAAUUAUAAUGUUAUAACUUUAAACCUUGUUAGUCCCCCCACAUGAUUAUGUUAUCUUAUGUAUUUUGAAUCAUAAAUGUGUUCUCCCAGUACCUGUUUUUACAUGAUUUGCGAGUUAGUAUUUAAUCUGUAUUUGUUGUCUCUUGUUUGAGAAAGUAUUACAACAUAAUGAGCUUAAAAAUAAUACGUAAGGCGCUUAGUAUAACCGAAAAAUUAUCAAUUUUAAAAAAAUAUGAUUCCAAUCCUUCAAUAGAAAAAACCAAGUUAGCAGAAUCUCUAAAUAUAGCAGAGUCAACUUUACGAACAAUUAUUGUCAAAAGGAAAGAAAUAGAAAAAUGUGCUUUUGAAGGAUCAAACAAGCGGAAGAAAAUAAGGCAUGGAAAAUAUUUUACUCUUGAACAAAUUCUGAUUAAGUGGAUUAAUAAAAAGCAUGCUAAAUCUGCAGCUGUUAAUGGCCCACUUAUUCAACGUGAAGCCUUAAAAAUUGCCACCUCUUUAAGUAUCACCGAUUUCAAAGCAACAAAUGGAUGGUUGGAUCGAUUUAAGAAACGGAAUCUAAUUCGUUAUCGCCAAGAUAGUAAAAAAUCUGAAUUGGUAAAUAUUAAGGAUAUAAAAUUUUGGUUUUUAAACAUAUUACCUAAAUUUACAGAAAUGUAUACUUCAAAAGAUAUUUUUAAUGUUACUGAAUUUGAGUUAUGUUUUAAACUAAUGUCCAAUAAACCACUUGGUUUUAAAAAAAAUACACGCAACAAAACGUGUUAUAAAGGUAAACUUAGCAGAGAAGUUCUUAAAAUACUUAUCUGUGCUAAUUCUGAUGGAACAGAAAAAUUGAAUCCACUUGUAAUUGGAAAACCAUUGAAACCUAGAAGUUUUGUUAACAACAAAUCUUUUCCGUGUGAAUAUUCUGUAAAAAAUACCAAGUUGAAGACUAAUGAUUAUUUCUGUAUAUGGCUCAAAAAAUUGGAUGAAAGCAUGAUAAAAGAAAAUCGUAAAAUUAUACUUAUUGUAGACAUUACUUCAACUAUUCAAAAAGAUAUUGGGUUGAAAAAUGUGGAAUUUGUAUUUUUUCCGCCUUACAUUACAAAAAAACAUCAACCUAUGAAUUUAGGUGUAAUUAAUGUCUUGAAACAGUUUUAUGAAAAACACUAUUUAAAUGUCUUAAAAAAAUCAAACACUAAGCAGCGUAACAUAUUAGAUGCAUUACGUUAUAUAACUGAAGCGUGGAAUAGCAUACAGCCUAAAGUGAUUGCUGAAUGUUUUAAAAAAGUUAGAAUGGAAAGUUUUUACAAUAAAGUAAUUGAUGAUACUGCUAAUGAAUUAAUAGAACCUAUAAACAACUCUUCAACACAUUUAAUAAAAUCCAAUCAAGACAACGAAAAUUUAAUGACUACAGAGCACAAAAAUGAACUAAAUAGUGAAGACUUGGUUAAUUUUGCUGAAGAUGAUGAUUAUAGUGAAGAUGAUGAAUCUGACUCUGGCCAAAAUGGAUCAUUAUCCGAUGCAAUUAAUGCUAUCAAUGUAUUAAGACGCUAUCUCCCAAAAUUAAAAGGAAGUGAAGCAGCUUUGCGUAAUAUUAAUGAUGUUGAACAUUUUAUUUUUUCUAAACUACCAAAUUUAUAAUGAUGAAGUACUUAAAAAUCAUUUGUUUUAAAUUUUGUUUUUAACUUAUAUAUAUUUAAUAUAUGAUGCCAUAAAUCAUAAUACAUGUAAUUUCCAUGAUUCUUUGAACACAUAUUAUUGUUAUUUUACUGUAAAUAAAUUAUAAUUAUUUAAAAUGUUCACGUGUCA